AGAGGCAGCCUGACGGAGAUCCCGGUGGUGAAGACGACCCGCGUGGAGUCGGGUCAGUUCCUCUUCCUCUCCGUCCUCUGUAUGAUCUUCAUCCUGGUGGCGCUGCUCGUCUCCACCACCUUCUUCUGCCUCCGUCAGCGGUCACACCUGCGUCUGAAAGAGAAACUGAGCAGCCUGGGGACGGACACCAGCACCGACGCCACGGCAACCUAUCAGGAGUUGUGUCGGCAGCGAAUGGCGAUCCGAACCUCUGAGCGAGUCGAGCGUCCGGAGACUCUCAGAAACUCUCGUCUGAACAGCGUCUCGUCUCAGUUCAGCGACGGGCCGGCGGCGAGUCCUUCGACCCGGAGCAGCACCUCGUCCUGGUGCGAGGAGCCAGUGCCGUCCAACAUGGACAUCUCUACCGGACACAUGAUACUGUCGUACAUGGAGGACCACCUGAAGAACAAGAACCGUCUGGAGCGGGAAUGGGAGGCUUUGUGUUCGUAUCAGGCCGAACCCGGAGCCUGGAGCGUCGGACACGGAGAGCAGAACUCCAGGAAGAACCGCUCCGACGCCGUGGUCGUAUAUGACCACUCCAGGAUCACGCUGAAGGUGGAGAAUAACCUCGGGAACUCAGAUUACAUCAACGCCAGUCCCAUAAUGGACCAUGACCCUCGAAACCCGACGUACAUCUCCUCCCAAGGCCCUCUUCUCUCCACCGUGGCCGACUUCUGGCAGAUGGUGUGGGAGAGUGGUUGUGUUGUCGUCGUCAUGUUGACCCCACUCUCUGAAAAUGGGGUGAAGCAGUGUCAUCCCUACUGGCCUGACGAGGGAUCGGAUGUCUACCACGUCUACGAGGUGAACUUGGUGUCGGAGCACAUCUGGUGCGAGGACUUCCUGGUGCGCAGCUUCUACCUGAAAAACCUGCAGACCAACGAGACUCGCACCGUCACGCAGUUCCACUUCCUGUCCUGGAUGGACCGCGGGAUCCCAAACUCUGCCCGGACCCUUCUAGACUUCCGCAGGAAGGUUAACAAGUGCUACCGGGGUCGAUCCUGCCCGAUUAUUGUUCACUGCAGCGAUGGAGCCGGCAGAAGUGGAACCUACAUCCUGAUCGACAUGGUGCUCAACAGAAUGGCUAAAGGUGCUAAAGAGAUUGAUAUCGCCGCUACCCUGGAGCACUUGAGAGACCAGAGAGCUGGGAUGGUGCAGACAAAGGAGCAGUUUGAGUUUGGGCUGACAGCCGUGGCCGAGGAGGUGAACGCCAUCUUGAAAGCGCUUCCUUAAAGGAGGCAUCUCACCUUCCUCCUCCUCCUCCUCUUCAUCGCUGAAUAUCGCUCUCCUUCCGCCCACUCCAGCCCGAGAUCUUCCUCUCUCUGUCUCUCCCUCCUCUUCACCUCGAUAUACAAACUGUAUUCUUAUGAAUGUCGUGCCAGAGAUCUCGCCUGGAUCCAUGUUGGCAGAAACCUGUUUGUGUUUUCAGUGAUUCCAUCUUCUUAAAGCGAACUCCUACUGCGGGACUUUUUGCCAAAAUGAGUCCUGGUUUCUCCUUACUGUGAUGUUGUUCCUGAACAUACCGUUAUAGUGCCACUGACGAGCUGCUGUCGUGACGUCGAGUAGAGAUUUAAAAUAACGUUGGAAAGCUGAUCGGCACGUUUCAAACCUGCCUAGCUAUCUGUUGUAUUCAUUAUUACAGAUGGCAGUUGAUUUUCUAGGAUAAUUUGAUGAAAAAAGACUUUUUUUUAGAGUCUAAAAUAUCAGUUUGUUUAAUUAACCGUCACAAAUGACAAAGAUAGAAGUUAAUUUUUACAUUUUAGAAGCUGAAACCAUCGAUUUUUAGGAUGUUUGCUUCACAUUUGGGACCCUGUGAUGCUGUUGGAGUCAAAUUAACCAAAGACAUGAUUACAGAAAUCUAAAUGACAACACUAUCGCUCACAAAUACCGCCUUUCUCUCACAAUUCCCACCAAUAUGGAUAACAUUUGUGAUUAUUUGCAAAUACUAAAUCACUUAAUGUUCAAGAUAGAUUUAUGGAAAAAGAAAAUCCACUUUAAUAAACACUUGCAUUUUUAAUGGACAGCAAACAAAUCUAUGGAGUUUCAGGUAAAAAAAUGUAAUCCUUCUCUAAUUUCUCUUGUAGUUAAAAUAAAAAAAUCUGAUUAAUUUAACCGCCAUACUGUACGGAGGCCCACAGGUGCAAAUGCAUCCAAUUAGGAGAACGUUCCAAUUAAGAAAAACACGUUGCGGCUUCAAAAACAAUGUCAUUAUUUGUAUUUGUGUCGUUUUUAAAGCGGCAGCGUGUUUGCACCAGUUGGCCAUACGGGUUUAAAGAACUACAAAAAUGGCCGCCGGUACAUUUUCUGUCUCUUCUACUCAUCGCAGCAGCUCUCAUUCAUCAUAGUACUUUUAAAGUUAAUGUAAAAAUCAUAAUAUUGUACAGAAUAUUAACGAAUCGAUGUGUUUUGGAAAUACACUCAUUAUAUACUCACAUGUACAGACGUUGAAGUGUGUGUGUUGUAUUUUGGGGAUAAAAGCCUCACAGAUUAUGAAUUUGUUCUCGACAUAUCAGGUGUUUUUUUAAUCCUGAUUACACACGUUGUCACUGUUAAUAUUAGAUGUAAUGCAUAUAACCCAGAUAUAUAUGAAUAGAAUCAAUAGAUUAUAUUUAAGCCAAAGUGAAAGUUGUCCCUCCAUCUCCGCAUAUCGUGAUAUUGUGACCUCGUAUAGACAACUUUACGAUAUGUAGUGCUGUCUGAAAAGUACGGAGAGCCUCAAUGAUGAUAUAAUAAUAAUAUAUUUUGUGUGAAGAGUAAUAUUCAGAUUGGUAAUAAAUCAGAACAGAUUAUACUG